ACCUGGCGGCUGGAGUUUUAGUCCGCGGGCGGCUGCGGGGGAAUCUCUGACUCUCUCCGGGGCUGCAGCGGCCGCGUCGCGUCGGAGUCCCGAUCGCCAUGGGGACCGAGGCGAGAGCCGGGAGGAGACAGUUGCUCGUCUUCACGUCGGUCGUCCUGAGCUCCCUGGCGUUGGGCAGGGGCGCAGUGUAUACUUCUGAGCCCGAUGUCAGAGUUCCUGAGGACAAACCCGCCAAGUUGUCCUGCUCCUACUCGGGCUUCUCCAACCCCCGCGUGGAGUGGAAGUUCGCCCAUGGUGACAUCACCAGCCUCGUUUGUUAUAAAAACAAGAUCACGGCCUCCUAUGCAGACCGAGUCACCUUCUCGCACAGUGGCAUCACUUUCCAUUCGGUGACCCGGAAAGACACGGGGACGUACACUUGCAUGGUCUCUGACGACGGCGGCAACACGUACGGGGAGGUCAGCGUCCAGCUCACUGUGCUUGUGCCUCCAUCCAAGCCCACGGUCCACAUCCCCUCCUCUGCCACCAUCGGGAGUCGGGCAGUGCUGACCUGCUCAGAGAAGGAUGGCUCCCCCCCUUCUGAGUACUACUGGUUCAAGGACGGGGUCCCGAUGCCUUCGGAUCCCAAGGGCAACCGCGCCUUCAGCAACUCUUCCUACAGCCUGAAUAAAAAGACAGGGGAGCUGGUCUUCGAUCCCGUGUCAGCCUGGGAUACGGGCGAGUACACCUGUGAGGCGCGGAAUGGGUACGGGAUGCCCGUGAGGUCAGAGGCUGUGCGCAUGGAAGCCGCGGAGUUGAAUGUGGGGGGCAUUGUGGCAGCUGUCCUUGUCACACUCAUUCUCCUUGGAUUCUUGAUUUUGGGCAUCUGGUUCGCCUAUAGACGAGGCUACUUUGACAGAACAAAGAAAGGGACCUCGAGUAAGAAGGUGAUUUACAGCCAGCCCGCUGCCCGCAGUGAAGGGGAAUUCAGGCAGACCUCGUCAUUCCUGGUGUGACCCUGGUCCGACUCAUCUCCUGUCCUCCGUGCUUGCCUUCUUCCGGUGCAACCAGACUCCGGCCCGCGGCGUCUGUAGUUUCACAGGGUCCCUUACGCGUCUUCUAGCCCCCACAGGGGUCCCCACGUUUAUCUUAGUUAGGAUGUGGUUGUGUACACUUUGCCCCUGCAUCCCGCCCUUCCUUUCCCGCCAUUGCCGAGUGGCCCGGGACUUAUUUAAAAGCUUUCGUCCCCCAUCCCUACGAGGGAUCAGGGAACAGCCCUGAGCGUCACGCCCCUUGACUUCCCUUCCCAGAACGUGGCAACAGUGGCGGGGCACUCGAUACCCGCUGUGUGGCGGCGGCCCCUCCCCGCGAGUAGGGAUCUGGAGUUUGGUCCCUCGGCCCUUUCCUCCCGUGGUGAGGAGGGACCCGCUGUUCCAGAGUGGGGACUGGAGACCGAGCCACCGAAGAGGUUGCGGGGUGACAACACCAAGUCUCUCCCGCCCCUGCAGCCCACUCCGCUUUCUUCUGUCUUCCCACGGGAAGUGCCCCCCGAGACCCUCUUGCACCGGCCUGAACGCAGGCGGACACCAUCUGUGUCUGUAGAAAGAAACCGGAGCUUUGUUAUGGAGAGCAUGGGGGGGGGGGGGGCUCUCAGGGGACACUGAGCGGAAGGGUUUUAAAACCCCUGAUCUAAAGAAAAGGAAGCUGGAGCUGGGAGCUCCGACCAUCACCCUUCCCUUGGCUGGAACAACUGGAUGGACCCUUUUAAGAUGUGUCUGCAGGGCCGUGCGGAUGUGCGCAGUGGUCUUAGCUCUUUGCUGUGGGGUGUGUGCGUGCGUGUGCGUGUGUGCGUGCGCGUGCACAUUCGCGCGCUCGGUCCUAGCUCUCUGCUGAAAUGCGGUGUGUGUCCAGGGCGUCUUUGCUCUUUGGUGAGACUGUUGGUGUGUGUUUGGAUGUAGCCGGAUGUUGCUGGUUUGUCAAAGCCUCUCGUCGCGGGAAGUUGGGGAAGUGAAGUUCCUGGGCUCCUUUGUACAAACAGGAAGGCGCCUGGAACCCUGCUUCCCAACAACCUGGGUUGGUCCUGGCCCCCUGUCCCACCCCUUCCUGGCUCCCGUCUCAAGGCAGAGCUUCUGAGCUUGGGGGCCCUCAUUCCGGAGCCCUCUGGCGGCGGGAGGAGUGCCCUCUGCUGCGGGAGCACACCCGGAGGAAGCCGAUGCUGUGCCCUGGGGUUCUCGCUGGUCUGGUCCACUGAGGGGAGAAAGUGCCCACCCUCUCCUCCCCCCUCUGCCAACCAGAUGCAUCGAAAGACUUAUCUAAGGAGAACAGACUGCCCCAGAGCAGUAAAGUAACCAUUGCUUCACUGGAGCGGAGUUGGGGGCUGGGGUGCUGUUUAGAGGAAAGGUAAUUUGAGACCAGGUGGCCAGGCCAUCCGCGUGUGAGUGAUGCGAAGGUAGGCCUGCCUGACGUUGCUUUCCUUUGUGCGUCUGGACAGCCCUUUUUGCCCUUAAAUUUCUGUUUCCCCCUCUACCAUAGUCGCCCGGUCUAUUAACGAGCGAGAGGGCGAACACGGGGGUCUUCAAGGGUUGAUUUUGCUUAACUUCUUUCUGUGGGGGACGCUAAGCCCCACUUUGCCAGGUUUUAUUCCCUGGUCUGGAAACCCCUGACAGAAUUGAGUUUUCUAUCGAGAAUCCAAGAGGAAAAACAAGCCUAGCCAAACCAUCGGUUAAGGGUCAUGGGCCAAUAAAAAAAGAGCUUUUUCAGAUGGAGAUAAAAUUUAAUUAAACAGUAAAAGCAGAGAUGAUGAAAUGGUUCAGUAAGAAAGAGAUUUUUAAAGCGUGUUUCAGCCUCCUGGUUGGGAGACGGGGUGGGAGGGACGCGGAGACAAGGCCACAGGGAAGCAGAGGUGACUCAUUGUCCCGUCAGGUCUGAGGUGAGUGGUUCCUCACCCUCUCGGUCACUUGUGAUGAACAGAAGUCAUGCGUGACCAGCCUUGGAAGUCACCUCUCCAGCUUACCACAGUCCCCUUGAGUUGGAAAACACCCUGCCUGCUUUCAUUUCGAAAUGUCAAGGCUAAUUUUGUAAUAAAUGUUUAUUUUUCACAUUGA